UGUUUUCCUUUUCGAUAGGUUCCGUGUGUCUUGCAAUAAGUUCAUCACUCACAAGAUGUUCGACCACGUGGUCCUCAUCAUCAUCUUCCUCAACUGCAUCACCAUAGCGAUGGAGAGGCCCAGGAUCGACCCGAGCAGCGCUGAGCGCUUUUUCCUCCGACUGUCCAACUACAUCUUCACGGCGAUCUUCGUGACCGAGAUGACAGUAAAGGUGGUGGCGUUGGGCUGGUGCUUUGGAGAGAAGACGUAUCUGAAGAGCACCUGGAACAUUCUGGACGGCCUGCUGGUGAUGAUCUCCGUCAUCGACAUCCUGGUGACCUUGAUCUCCAACAGCGGCACCAAGAUCCUGGGGAUGCUGCGGGUCCUGAGGCUGCUGCGGACACUCCGGCCACUCAGAGUGAUCAGCAGAGCUCCAGGCCUGAAGCUGGUUGUAGAGACCCUGAUAACAUCUCUGAAGCCCAUCGGGAACAUCGUAGUUAUUUGCUGCGCCUUCUUUAUCAUCUUUGGGAUCCUGGGUGUGCAGUUGUUCAAAGGGAAGUUCUUUGUGUGUCAUGGUGAGGACGUGAGGAACAUCACCAACAGGUCUGACUGUCUCCUUUCCGACUACAAAUGGGUCAGACACAAGUACAACUUUGACAACCUGGGCCAGGCUCUGAUGUCUCUGUUCGUCCUGGCCUCUAAGGAUGGCUGGGUAGAUAUCAUGUACGAUGGACUAGAUGCUGUUGGAGUGGAUCAACAGCCCCAGAUGAACUACAACCCCUGGAUGCUGCUGUACUUCAUCUCCUUCCUGCUGAUCGUGUCCUUCUUCGUGCUCAACAUGUUCGUGGGCGUGGUGGUGGAGAACUUCCACAAGUGCCGACGCCAUCAGGAGGCGGAGGAGGCCAAGCUCCGCGAGGAGAAACGUCUCAAGCGCAUGGAGAAAAAAAGACGCAGUAAGGAGAAGGAGCUUGCUGAAGCCCAGAGUAAGCCCUACUAUUCAGACUACUCCUCCACUCGUCUGCUUAUCCACAAGAUGUGCACUAGUCACUAUCUGGACCUCUUCAUCACCAUCGUCAUCGGCCUCAACGUCAUCACCAUGUCUAUGGAGCACUAUCAGCAGCCUACGGUGUUGGAUGAAGGACUGAAAAUCUGCAACUACAUAUUUACCGUCAUCUUUGUGAUGGAGUCGGUAUUCAAGCUUGUAGCGUUUGGCCUCAGACGCUUCUUUAAAGACAGGUGGAACCAGCUGGACCUGGCGAUCGUCUUGCUGUCCAUCAUGGGGAUCAUCCUAGAGGAGAUCGAGGGCAAUAACGCCCUGCCCAUCAACCCCACCAUCAUACGCAUCAUGAGGGUGUUAAGGAUAGCACGCGUGCUGAAACUGCUGAAGAUGGCUGUUGGCAUGAGAGCUCUUCUGGACACAGUCAUGCAGGCCCUGCCCCAGGUUGGCAAUCUGGGUCUUCUCUUCAUGCUGCUCUUCUUCAUCUAUGCAGCUCUGGGAGUGGAACUCUUUGGUGACCAGAUCUGUGACGAGACGCAUCCCUGUGAGGGAUUGGGUCGCUAUGCAACCUUCAAGAACUUCGGCAUGGCCUUCCUCCUGCUGUUCCGCGUCUCCACGGGCGACAACUGGAACGGGAUCAUGAAGGACACUCUAAGGGACUGCGCUCAUGAGGCGGGCCCAUGCUACAACUCAGUGGUGUCCCCCAUCUACUUCGUGUCCUUCGUCCUGACGGCCCAGUUUGUGCUGGUGAACGUGGUGAUUGCUGUGCUGAUGAAACACUUGGAGGAAAGCAAUAAGGAGGCCAAAGAUGAGGCCGAACUGGAGGCCGAGUUGGAGCUGGAGGCCAUCGCCGCUCGAGGACAAAUAGCUGGAGGAGACCUGAUGGACCACGGUGGUGGUGGAGGAGGUGGUGGAGGAGGUGGUGGAGGUGGAGACAGUAGCGGCCUGCCGAGUCCUCUGACGCCUCCACCCUGGAGCUUCAAGAGGGAUCCACAGGACAACUCCAGUCUGCCCAAUGACAGCCCUCCGCCUACGAUGGUGGACAUCCGGCGGGACUCAACAGCACACGUCAGGGCCGAGUCUCCUCAGAGCCUAGAGCCGGCCAGAGAGCGUCGGCUAUUGUUUGACUCGGUAUCCUUGGUAAUCCAGGGUUCUCUUGAAGGCGAGCUCAACCUGAUGGACAACCUGUCGGGCUCGGUGUGCCACUGCUAUGCCCCGCCCUCCCUGCUGAGCCAGCGCAGCGUUGACCAAAAGCCUGAUGUGCUGGGACCCCCAGAGCGUGAGGAGGUGCAGGAGGAGGUGCAGGAGGUGGUGCAGGAGGUGGUGCAGGAGGAGCACCUACUGACGGUACGCAACUCCGUGGGGAGGACUCACUCGCUGCCCAACGACAGCUACAUGUUCCAGCCCCUGCUGCCCGCCCCUGUAACACCGACAGAGCAAAACACCUCAACUCAGACACACUCAGGCUCCAGUGGUUCCAUUCCAGUUCAGCAGCCAGAGCCAAGCCAACUCCUGACGGUGCCAUGGCAGCUGUUUCGGCCCAUCAGCCCCAGCAGCCUGAGUGGCCAGCAGACCGUCCCUCUCAUCCCUCCACCCCAGCGAGCACACAACCUCUCACGGCCUCUUCGCAGACAGGUUGCCUUGAGGACGGACUCACAGGAACCUGCUGUGUCCCCUGAGCGAGGGGAGGAGCUUGUGGAAGGGUCCACGGGGAGAAGUGAGUUUACAAGCACCAGAGUGAGUUCCUCCUCGACUUCUCCUUCUCCUCCUCCUCCUCCUCCUCUUCCUCAGCGCCAGCCUUCCUUCUCUCUGGUGCCCUCUUCUCCUGGAGCUCUGACGGCCAAAGCCCUCCAGUUGUCCAGCGUCCACACACAGCACAACCCGCACAGCACCCAGUACGUUGUGUUUUCUCCGCGGAAGGCCCCCCUCAUGCACACCCACUCCUCCCCACCUCCGCUGCCCCCUCCACGCACUCUGCCCCCCUCUCCCGCCCCUCAGCUGGACGACACUGACUUUGUGGAUGAAGAGGUGUCCUGCAUCAUCCAGGAAGGCUUUGUGGAUGAAGAGGUGUCCUGCAUCAUCCAGGAAGGCUUUCCCGCCGGCAGCACCGCUGACGUGCUGGCGAGAGAGCCGAGUGGUGGCAGCGUGAGUCCCAUCAGGCUUGGCGGCGAGGGCCGCGGCUCUUACUUGCGGCAGCUGAAGAAGUACCACAGCGCCGACACGCAGGGCUGCCAAGGCUUCCUGGUCCCGCGGCCCUCCUCGUGGCUGGACGACCCUCGGCACCGCUCCCUGGAGGUGUGCUCUUCAGGAGAGAGUAGCCCCCAGUUAACCUCCGCCUCCUCGGGGUUUGGGUCUCGAACAGACAGCCUACAGCACCACCUCUACACGCUGCCCAGCUCACCACCUCCUCCUCCGCCUCCUCCUCACGCACGCAAGAAGAAGAUGAGUCCUCCCUGUAUCUCCGUGGAGCCCCCCGAUGGCAGGGAGGACCUUCCUGGAUUUCAGCACGCGCCUCUCGGUGGGCUUGGCGUGGCGCCGUCCCCUCGGGGCGGGGGGGUCAGGGAGCGGGACAGCAGCUGCCUCCUCCGCAGGCGCGCCCCCUCCACUGACUCCAAAGACUCGUUUGAUCUCGGGGGAGGGGGUGGAGGAGGAGGAGGAGGAGGAGGAGGAGGAGGAGGAGGAGGAGGAGAGGUGAUCGCACCUCCUCAAGAGACGGUCCACACCGCUGCCAACCUCCUCGCCCUGCCCUCCUACUCCUUUGACAAGUCGACUUCUGAGCACUGAGCAUUAGAGACAAGAAGUCGAAAACGACUCGCACACGAACUGCAAAACAUUCACACUCAUGAAAAUAUAUGAUGCACUUUGUGUAUCUGUGCUGGUGUUAGUCAUAGUGAUAAACUGUAGUGAGUACUAAUACCAACUACAAUUAUGGAAAAAAACAAACUUUAUAAAGCCGUCAGAUAGUGACCAUUUAUUUGUUUUGUACUGAACUGCCAAACUCAGCAAAUACACUACACUUUAAUACAUGAACUCUCUCUCUCUCUCUCUCUCUCUCUCUCUCUC